AUGGCUGUUCCCCACAAACCACUCCUUCUCCUCCUCCUCGUUCUCUUCUCCUCCGUCAUCCCAGCCGUCAACGCCCGGCUCCAUCUCAACCGCUCCGACCACCGCGCCAUCUCCCUCAUCCGCCGAGACUUGGGAUUCAACGCUCAGCAGCGCAACACCUCCGUCUCCCCCUGCAACCUCCACGGCGUCUUCUGCGAGCGCCGCAUCUCUCCCGCCGCCGACGACGACACCUACGAGCUCAGAAUCACCAGGCUGGUCUUCAGAUCCCACUCCCUCUCCGGCACCCUCCCGCCGGCAAUCGGCCGGCUGACCGAGCUGAAAGAGCUCUCCCUCCCCGACAACCGCCUCGCUGACCAAAUCCCCUCUGAAUUAGUCAACUGCAACAAGCUCGAGAUUCUCAACCUCGCCAACAACCGAUUCUCCGGGACAGUUCCCCCCGGCGUUUCCUCCCUCCUCCGGCUGCGCGUCCUCAAUCUCGCCUCCAACAAAUUGUCUGGGGAUCUGAGCUUCCUGAAGCAUUUCCCCAAUCUCGAAACUCUUUCCCUCGCAAACAAUUUCUUCGCUGGGCAGGUCCCCAAAUCGAUUCGAUCCUUCCGCAACCUCCAAUUCCUCGACCUCUCCGGGAACAGGUUCCUCCAGCAGCUCGAAUCCGACCCGCCGGCGGCAGUGAAGUCCCGAUCCUCCGAUUACCCGAGCCGCUACAUUUUAGCUGAGGAUGAUGACGACGACGCAACAGCAGCAACUCCGAACAACAGCUCCAAUUCCCCAGCUUCCGCCCCGACAUCGUCGAUGAACGCCGGCGCCGGAGCUCCAGGGCCAUCACCUGUGAUGCCCCACAGGCGGCACAAGAAGGGGAAGAGGAAGCUGGCCGGGUGGCUCCUCGGCUUUCUCGCCGGAGGCAUCGCCGGGAGCAUAUCAGGAUUCGUGUUCUGCGUCCUGUUCAGGAUGAUUCUGGCCACAAUUCGCGGCGGUGGGAAAGGUGGAGGCCCUGCGAUCUUCAGCCCGAUGAUUAAGAAAUCGGAAGAUCUGGCUUUCUUGGAGAAAGAAGACGGGCUGGCUUCACUGGAGAUCAUCGGCCGAGGUGGCUGCGGUGAAGUCUACAGAGCAGAGCUGCCCGGAAGCGACGGCAAAAUCAUCGCGAUCAAAAAAGUGAUUCAACCAUCCAAAGACGCCACCGAUUUGAAUGACGAAGAUUCCAAGCAGAUGAACAAGAAGAUGAGGCAGAUCAAAUCGGAGAUCAGCACCGUGGGCCAGAUCCGGCACAGGAACCUGCUACCACUUCUGGCCCAUGUAACCCGACCCGAUUGCCAUUACCUGGUCUACGAGUUCAUGAAGAACGGGAGCCUGCAGAACAUAUUAGAAGACGUCUCUCAAGGGAGGAGAGAGUUGGAUUGGCCGGCGAGGUACAAGAUCGCUCUCGGGAUCGCAGCCGGCCUCGAGUACCUUCACAUCAACCACAGCCCAAGAAUAAUCCACAGGGACUUGAAGCCCGCCAAUGUUCUUCUCGACGACGACAUGGAGCCUCGGAUUGCUGAUUUCGGGCUGGCGAAGUCGAUGCCAGAUGCCAACACACACGUCACGACGUCGAAUGUGGCCGGCACGAUCGGGUACAUUGCGCCGGAGUAUCAUCAGACGUUGAAGUUCACCGACAAGUGUGAUAUCUACAGCUUUGGGGUGCUGCUCGGGGUUCUGCUGAUCGGGAAGCUUCCCUCCGACGAGUUUUUCCAGCAUACCAGGGAGAUGAGCUUGGUGAGGUGGCUGAAGAACGUUAUGACGUCCGAGAAUCCUACUCAGGCGAUUGAUCCGAAGCUGAUGGGGAAAGGGUAUGAAGAGCAGAUGCUGCUGGUGCUGAAGAUCGCUUGUUUUUGUACCAUGGAGGACCCUAAACAGAGACCCAACAGCAAGGAUGUGAGGGUCAUGCUGGAUCAACUUAAGCACUAG